GUUUGAUUCAAAAAAAGACAAUUUUGAUUUCCCUCGCUUUUUUUUCUUUACUGAAUAAAGAUUUUCUUCGUUUGUUUUGUUUUGUUUUUCUUUGAAUUUAAUCAAAUUAAAUUAUAUCGAUCUUUGAUCAUCGAACCGAACAUCGAACAAAAUGGGCGAUUCAAAACAAGAAGCCGCAGUUGAAGAACGUAUUAUUAAUGAAGAAUAUAAAAUAUGGAAAAAGAAUACACCAUUUUUAUAUGAUUUGGUUAUGACACAUGCAUUAGAAUGGCCAUCAUUAACAGCACAAUGGUUACCUGAAGUACAACGUCCUUCGGGUUUAGAUUAUAGUAUACAUAAAAUUAUACUUGGUACACAUACAUCGGAUGAACAAAAUCAUUUAGUUAUUGCUACUGUACAAUUACCAAAUGAAGAUCAUAGUUUUGAUGCAAGUUAUUAUGAUGUUGAUACAAAUGAAUAUGGUGGUUUUGCAUCGGUUGCUGGUAAAAUUGAAAUAAUACAAAAAAUUAAUCAUGAAGGUGAAGUUAAUCGUGCAAGAUAUAUGCCACAAAAUUCUAAUGUUAUUGCAACAAAAACACCAUCAAGUGAUGUUUUAAUCUUUGAUUAUACUAAACAUCCAAUUAAACCAGCUGAUAAAGCUUGUAAUCCUGAUCUACGAUUAAAAGGUCAUCAAAAAGAAGGUUAUGGCCUUUCAUGGAAUGCAAAUCUUAGUGGACAUUUAUUAUCAGCUUCAGAUGAUCAAACAAUUUGUUUAUGGGAUAUAAAUUCAAAUACAAGAUCGGAAAAAGUUAUUGAUGCAUUAUCAAUAUUUAAUGGUCAUACAUCAGUAGUUGAAGAUGUUGCAUGGCAUUUAUUACAUGAAUCAUUAUUUGGUUCAGUUUCAGAUGAUCAAACAUUAAUGAUAUGGGAUACACGUUCAAGAGAUACAAAUAAACCGGCACAAGUUGUUGAUGCUCAUUUAGCUGAAGUUAAUUGUUUAUCAUUUAAUCCAUUUUCGGAAUUCAUUUUAGCUACCGGUUCGGCUGAUAAAACUGUUGCACUUUGGGAUUUACGUAAUAUUAAAGUUAAAUUACAUACAUUUACAUCACAUAAAGAUGAAAUAUUUCAAGUACAAUGGUCACCACAUAAUGAAACAAUACUUGCUUCAUCUGGUACUGAUCGUCGUUUAAAUAUUUGGGAUUUAAGUCGUAUCGGUGAAGAACAAACAAAUGAAGAUGCUGAAGAUGGACCACCUGAAUUACUUUUUAUACAUGGUGGUCAUACGGCUAAAAUAUCGGAUUUUGCUUGGAAUCCAAGUGAUCCAUGGGUUAUAUGUUCAGUUUCAGAAGAUAAUAUUAUGCAAGUUUGGCAAAUGGCGGAAAAUAUUUAUACGGAAGAAGAAACGGAAGCAAAUGCAAAUGAUCUCGAAUAAUAAUAAUGGUUUCUUUUUAUGAAUUGAUUUGUGAAAUAUAACAACAACUACAUAUACCACACACAUACACACAUUACAUCCAGCAGUAUAUAUCUUAUUAUUCAAAACAUCGUUUUUACGUUUACAUAAGUUUUUCUUUUCUUUUUUCUUUUUUUCCUGUUUUACUCUCGAAGAAAACCACCAUUGAAAAAAUUGU